AGUGCAUACUUAUAAAAUAAUAUGAAAUUUCCUGUGUGUAAAAAUUGAAAGAAACACAAUUUUCGACCUUUUCUACGCAACGGUAUUUCUUCUGUAUCUGUUUUCCGCACACCACCCACCGAAGUUUGGGCAAAAGUUUAAUAUUUCGUGGCAAGCAAUAACAUAAAAUUAAGUGAAAUUAAAAUAAAAAAAUAUUUAUAUAUUCCAUUAAAAAAACCAGCAGCAAAUUUUUACUUAAAAUAAUUGAUCUCUAAGUGCUGCGUGCGCUAAGCUAAUAUAAUAAAAUUUCAAAAACGACAAUAGGAAAAUGAUAAGAAGAAGAAAUCGACGUGCCCGCCUUUGGAAUAUGGGUUUGUUAUUACUCAUAUACUAUUGCGUUACUGUAUAUUCAGCAAAAGGUGAAAAAAAAUCCGAAGGACUAUUUGAUAUCGAGAAUUUAGAAACAGAGGAUGAACUUUUAGAUCUUCCAUUGGCAAAUAGCAGCAAAGAAAGCAUAGUAACUGAGGCAAAUAUUGUGUCUACAGAACCAACGUACACAACUAAAAAAGGUGCUGUACCAACUUGGCGUCCGAAACGAGAGAACUGCACACCUCCAGCUAUCGAACAAUUUCCUCAACCGUUAAUGAAUAAAUGGUUAAGACAGCAUGGCGGCCUGAUAAUACACGUUCUUGUCGCUGUUUUUACUUUCUUCGGCCUAGCCAUUGUCUGUGACGAUUAUUUCGUUGCUAGUUUAGAUAGAUUAUGUGAAGAACUGAAAUUGUCACCUGAUGUAGCAGGUGCUACAUUCAUGGCUGCUGGCAGCUCUGCACCUGAGUUGGCGACUGUUGUUAUCGGUGUUUUCUUUGCCCAAGACGAUAUUGGCAUUAGUGGUGUAAUUGGAUCUGCCGUCUUUAAUAUAAUGUUUGUGAUAUCAGUGUGCGCACUCUGUACAGGUACUGUGUGCCAACUGAAUUGGUGGCCACUCGUCCGAGAUUGUUUCUUUUAUUGUCUUUCUAUACUUGUCAUGCUAAUUAUAAUCUUUAAUGACGUUAUAUCAUGUUUCGAAUCUGUAUUUAUGUUACUUUGCUAUGUGGGUUACUGUGUAGCACUACACUUCAAUACCGAACUGGAACGUUGGGCAAUGUCACUUAAUCUUCCUUUUAAACUUCCUACCAAAGAAGAACAGUCUUCACUAGUCACUUAUAAAAAUAUACCGGAAAGUAAUUAUACACAAGGUGGUCAGCAACAAACUAGCCUAUCUCAAGAUGCAGAUACAAAUACUUCAGGAUCCCAGCAGCAACAACAACAACAACAGCAACAACCGACUACAGACUAUCAAAGCUAUACGGAUCCUAACGCAAGCUGGGAUCCAAAUGCAGCUUGGGGAGAUCAACCAGCUAAUCCAGUCGGAGUCAGUGCUAGAACUACUCAACCACCGGUCGAUGAUUGGGGCAUGAGCCAAUUUACUGCUGGUCAAGGUCAAGAAAAUAUGGCCUAUAAUCCUGACCAACCUGACGCUGUCGUAACACAAACAGCUACAAAUGAUAAUAGUAAAUCUGUUGUUGGAAAGCCACAACCAGCAGGUGUAGAUUACUAUAAAUCAACUGAUAAAUCAAAAGAGCCACGUCCCAAUCCGUUAGAAAGACCGACCGAGGGUGGACUUCCAACACUGAUCGCCUGGUACGUUGUUUAUCCCAUACAUUUUCUUUGCCAGAAAACUAUGCCAGACUGCCGCUUGGAGAAAUACCGUAAUUGGUACCCAUUCACUUUUAUAAUUUCAAUGAUCUGGAUAUCGUUUUACUCAUACUUCAUGGUAUGGAUGAUAACAGUAAUUGGUUCUACAUUGGCCAUACCAGAUACAGUUAUGGGAUUGACAUUUGUUGCUGCUGGUGUUUCUGUGCCCGAUGCCCUAAGCUCAAUAGCAGUUAUCAAAGAAGGAUUUGGUGAUAUGGCCGUCUCAAAUGCAAUUGGCUCUAAUGUCUUUGAUAUCCUAGUGUGCUUAGGUCUUCCGUGGUUUAUACAAACAGCUAUUAUAAAGCCUGGUUCACAUGUAAAUGUAAUAUCAAAGGGCUUGGCAUAUUCCACACUUUCAUUGUUUUCGACAGUCAUAUUCUUAUUACUGUCGACACAUCUUAAUGGCUGGAAGUUGGACAAACGUCUUGGAAUCGUACUCAUGCUUUGGUAUCUCUUCUUUAUAACUCUAGCAUCUCUUUACGAAUUAAAUGUGUUCGGCUACAUGAAUCCACCAGAGUGUGUCAGCGACUAUUAAACUAAAAUAUAGAUUUGCAGCAAAUACGAAUAUAAAUCAGGCGAAUAAAGAGUACAAACAAUUUUACACCCUUGUAUUUGUACUCAGUAAAGAAAAAAGUAAAAUAACAACAUUUAUUUAAGUUUAAUUUUAUCAAAUCAUUCAAGUCUGUUGUUAGUAUAAUUACAUAAAAAGUACAUGAAGAAAUUGCAGUGCAAUUAUUCAGUUAAUAACAUAAUUACAUUCCAUAAAUGUUGCACAAAUGCUGUAGUAAUCAGUAGCUGACUGCUGUAAAAUUUUUAGUUAUUUGUUAACCCUUAGUUGUUAGUGGUUGAAUGAACACUGUUCAGUCUGAUCAGCUGAUUAAUGUUAACUAAAUAUUAACUAAAUGUUAACUAAAUGUUAAAUGUUAAUUGUUAAAUAUUGGUUUACAUUAGUCAGAUGUCGAGGUCUUUCUGAGAGUUAAGAAGACACAUAUAAUCGUAUAGCUUUAAACUGAAUAAUCAAUGCAUUAUCAUAUACAUAGCAGGCAUAGACAAAUUUAGCAAUAUAUACAAAUACUCAUAUAUCAAAAUUAAAAAUCUCACAUAAAAGCAAGACCGUUUAGCACAGUAU